AUGGAUUGGGUUAGUCAAUACAGAAGCCCGCCAAAAAAGGGCGAUAAGUCGUCAAACAAGUCGAUAUUAUCACCCCCUGGCUUUAGUGAGCAGUUUUACAGACAAUGGAAAGAGGGAAAGGUCAAGCCGCAAGGGAAGUUAGCGAACAAAGACUCCAGCCUUGAGAAACUAAAAUACGAAAGAGCGUGGGAUUUGGCAAAAUCGCCCUCUAAAAAUAUUCCUAUGAACUUGAUAAUGAUGUACAUGUCACCUAACUCUCUUCAGCUGAUUCCCAUCGUCAUGGUAUUGAUGCUAUUUGUCAACUCCAUCAAGGAGAUUUAUCAAGUCAAAGAAAAGUUCCGCGAAUUAGAAUUAAACAAUAAACAGGGAAAGACGCUUUUACAAUUUCUAUAUGUGGCAUGUUGUUGUGGAAACAUGGCUAUUGGCGUUUGGAAGUUAAACAAGCUGGGCUUGAUUCCCAAUCGGAGCAGUGACUGGCUUAGCUGGGAGCCACUUGAAGUAUAA